GUCACAACUCAAAAUGAUGCACAUGUACGAAGCCUAGUAACGUAUUUAUAAAACAUAGUCAACAAUCCCCACUGUAUACAUCGUCUAAAUAACCUCACUUUGAACAUAUUUUUGUCUUUUCAACUUUCUCCCAUAUAGAGUAUGACAAAAUUAAUACAUUUAUGGUUGAUAAAGACUUCAAUGAAAUAAAAUUAAUCACUGAAUUAUUUCUAUCUUCAACAGUUUUACUCUGCUACUUUCAUAUUGUUAAAAAACUGAAAGAACACAUUGCAAAAUUGCCGAUUAAUAUUAAUCAAAAAAAGGAAAUAUUAGAUUGGUCAAAAAAACUGAUUUAUAGCCAGAAUCAAGCAGAGUUCGACAAUCAUGCUUACAAUUUACGCCAGACUGCUUUAAACACCACCUAUUGGACAUAUUUUGAACAAAACUGGAUGACAUGCACAAAUUUAUGGGUAUUUUUCAAACGAAAAGAUUCUUUAUCAUUAUUAAACAAUACAAAUAAUCGUAUUGAAUCUUUUUAUCGUGUAGUUAAACGCGAAUUUAGACGACGUAAUAAAAUACCGCAUCUAAGUGAAGCGUUAAAUAUUCUAAUGAUGCUUUUUAAUUUGAAAACACAUAUUCAAGACUUUGAAAAUGUUCGUCAAGAAUUAACAUCUUUUACAAUACAAAAUACAAAAUAUCCUGAAUUCAUGAAAGAGUGUGGACAUGUUUUGACCGUUCCUAUUUUACAAUCAACAUCAAAUAAGAAUGACAAUCAGAAAAAUACACUUAAUAAUGGAUUUGAGUCUAGUGGCGAUGAUGAUUGUGCAGUACAGUCAAACGAUAACAGUUGCUGCUUAACCGUGGCUGAAAAAAAUCGAUUAGCAUGGAAUGAAUUUCAUAUGAUUAAUAAUUAUCUGACGCAGCUAGGGACAACUGAGUUUUAUGAACGAUUAGAUGAUUUAAAAAAUUUGUUCAUAUCCUGGACUGAGAAACAACAGCUGAAAAAACAAGCAGAAAAUGAAACUCAGACUUCAUUAACAACAAGUCCUGAAAAACGUCAUGUUAAUAAUGUAGUACCAUUGUUUACUAUUACUCGCGUAGUUCAUCCUCGUGGGCGGCCGAAGCAAACUAAGAGACAUACAUCAUUCUAUAAAAGAAUUACAAGUGUCAAACCAUCAAGUAAAACAAAAAUAAAGCGUCUCCAGGGUCGUCCACUUUCAUCCACUUUAAAAAACUUAUUAAUGAAUAGCAACAUCGAUCUUGCUCCGAUGCCAUCAAUCGCACCAUCACUAAGCGAACCGCUGAUUGAUAACAAUGAUAUUACUCAUUCUCAACAAUCAGUUAGUAGUAAUUCAAGUAGUAAAGUCACCAGAUCGGUUGCGGAAGCAGCAGUAGCAACAAUAACAUUAUCACCACUGUCACUUUCAUCACAAUCAUUUAAUAAUUUUCUCUUACCCUCAACAGAAAACGAAAACAAAAUAGAAUUAAAUUCAGCAAUCAAUUUGAAUUUAAAUGCAUUGGAAGAAAAUGAAAAUAUUAUGAAUUUAAAUACAUCAGAUAAUCAAAAUCAUCAUCAACAAGAACAACUACCAUCGAUACCAUUACCACCAACAGUUACAACUCAUGAUGUUAAUACAACAGACGAUGAAGCUAAAGAAAAUUUAUGUAUUAUCACAGAAGAAAUAAUUUUAAAAAAAAUGCUUUUUGAUCCACCAACAAAAGAAUGGAUAAUGAAACAACUUACUGAUCUUAAAUUAAUUAGAACUAGAAGUAAUUUAUCAUCUAUAGGCAUUCCAAAGUAUGGAGUUCAACGUGAUAUCACUAUAAAUAGUAGACCAGUUAUCAUUAAAGAUAUUAAAUCAGAUGGAAAUUGUUUAUUUCGGUGUUUGAGUUAUGCAAUAUCGGGAAAUGAGGAGCUGCAUGCAUCAAUUAGAAGUUUAAUUGUACAGCAGAUUUGUACACAAGAUUACAGGAGUUAUGGAGUCGAAAAAUUUAAUAAUUAUACUGCAGCUGAUUAUAUAAGAGCCACAAAAAUGAAUCACUUAGGAACAUGGGCAAUAGAAAAAGUAAUUUUUGCUGCAUGCGAUAUCUUCAAAACAAAGAUAUUUAUUUGUCAAUGUCACAAAGACGUCUGGAUGAAAUGGUAUCCACUUUAUAGUGAAUGUUCUUCGGGACCAUCCAUUUAUCUGCAAAGAAAUUCGCAAAAGAAUCAUUUUGAUGUGGUCUUAGAAACUGAAUAG